UCCAAAUCAGUAUCGACGAAGAGACAUUUGUAAACACCAAAACUGGCGGUUCACUCCCCAAAUCAAGAAUACGUUACUCACAAUCUGGAAUGUACCAAAACCACACCAAAGACACCAACAACAACUGCAAUAAAAGCCUUCUCUCUGAUUUUAAGGACAAGCUUAUCAAGGCUAUUAAAAGAAUCAAGCACGAGGUAGAUGAGUGCAGAGAAGCAGAAAGAGAGACGUACGUAGAGUCAGUGGAAAUAGAGGGCAGGUUUGAUGGCCUGGAACGAGAAAUCAGAGCCGAAUUUCAGAACCUCCAUCGUUUCCUGGACGAGGAGGAGUAUAAAGACCUAGAACGACUGAGGAGGGAGAGACAGAAACAAGUGAAGCAGCUGAAGGAAAGAGAGAAGAAAAUAGCAGAGCAAGGGAAGAACCUGGAGAGAGCAAUCACAGUGCUCAAUGGCAAACUGGCUGAGGAGGACAGUCCUAAACUGCUCAAAGAAAUUCAAGAUCUUGUAAAAAGGUCUCAGGUCAGCUUCGUCCCUCCACCAGAGGUGGACACAGAGGUGCGCUCUGGCCAGUUUGUGGGGCCCAUCCAGUACAGAAUAUGGAAGCACAUGAAGAGCUGUCUUUACCCAAAUAUUACAUUAAUGACCUUUGACCCUGAGACAGCCCACCCUAAUCUGUCUCUGUGCCAGUCCCGCACUUCAGUGUGGUUUGAGGAGGAUAAAGACAUAAAUGAUUGCGAGGUCAACCCAAGACGGUUCCACUACUAUUACUGUGUGUUUGGCAAUCAGGGUUUCACCACAGGGCGACACUACUGGGAGAUCGAAGUGGGCCAUAAGACAGCGUGGAAGGUGGGCGUGGCACGAGAGGAUGUCUCAAGAGGGGAGAUGAUGAAAACGGGCACUUCCAGUGGCCUUUGGACCCUUGCCCUAAAGGGCGGGGCCAUCCUGGCCUGCACCGACCCAAAACCCACCAAGGUCAAAGUGUCUGUCCGUCCUGUUCGCAUUGGAGUGUUUUUAGACUGUGAAGAGGAGGAGGUUUCUUUCUACAACGCUGUUACCAUGGCACCAAUCUACACAUUCACCAUGGGAACAGUCCCGGCUCCGCUGUUCCCCUUCUAUAACCCAUGUGACACGGAUGACGGAAAGAACACAGCAGCAAUUAAAAUCUUUUGCCCUUCGAUAUGAUAAGGGACUGUUUUAACCCGCUUGAACAUUGAUGGUCAAUAGAGCAGGUUCACUUUGCUCAUUCUAUAUUAGUGGAGUUACUAUUGUAUUAGGUAUUUAAUGCUAAUAGAGUGUUGUAAACAAAGAAAUUCCACAUAUAUAUUAUGACAUUAAA